GUGGUAGACUGCUCCACUAUCCUGUGGCCACUAUCCACUUUGCUUUCUAUUUCUUCUGCUGUAUGCCAAGACAAAGAGUUCUAGACUAGAGGGGAUUUUUACUUUCAAUUUCUAGAUGUUCAGCAGCGCCAUUGUCGAAUCCCAUAUUAUUUCAAUAUGAAAAAAUCCCUAAUUUAUCAAUUUGUUUGAAACCACAUCGAGUUUCUUCUGGUUGCUCUUACUGGAGUCCUUAACUAACAAGUGUUUCUCCAUGGAUUCAGCCAAAGGAUCGCCAGCUCAAUGUGAAUCACUUCAUACGGAUAUCGAAUCAUUUUUUCAGACAGCACCACCUUUAAGAGAUCAUCUUGACACUAGUAGGAAAAUUGGGGAAUUUAUCGAGAAAAACUCUCCAACUACAGGAAAUGGGAUAAGUAGACGUAUUGUAUGUGUGACAUCUGGUGGCACGACUGUUCCUCUCGAACAACGAUGUGUUCGAUAUAUCGAUAACUUCAGCUCUGGACAUCGUGGGGCAGCAUCUACUGAGUAUUUUCUGAAGGCUGGAUAUGCAGUUAUCUUUCUCCAUCGACGAGGAACUUGUCAGCCAUAUUGUAGAUCACUUCCCGAGGAUUCACUUCUUGAAUGUUUGGUGCUUAAAGAAGGGGAAUCAUCCAUUCAAGUUCGCGAGUCAUAUUCUGAAGAUGUCAAGGGGGCAAUCAGGCAUAAUCAUGAUGCUAUAAAAGAGGGUCUCUUGUUGAAACUCCCGUUUACGUCCAUCUUUGAGUAUCUUCAGAUAUUGCGGAUGGUUGCUACAUCCAUGAAGUCUCUUGGGCAUCGUGGAAUGUUUUAUCUUGCUGCUGCGGUAUCGGAUUUCUAUGUCCCUUGGGAGACUAUGGCUGAACAUAAGAUUCAAUCUGCUUCUGGUCCUCUAGAUAUGCGACUUGCUCAGGUACCAAAAAUGCUUAUUAUGAUGAGGAAAGAAUGGGCUCCAGUGGCUUUCUGCAUAUCAUUUAAGCUGGAGACAGAUACAAACAUUUUGUUAGAGAAAGCUGACAUGGCGCUGAAGAAAUACAAAAUGAACAUGGUGGUAGCAAACGAGCUUUCAACUCGUAAAGAGGAGGUUAUUGUUGUUGCCAACAGCGGAAGAAUUACUGUUCGCAGAGACGAGACUAACGGGGAUGUAGAAAAUCCACUUAUCAAACUCAUUGUAGAUAGACACUCGACUUAUGUUGAAGAAUCUGGCAAAAACUAAAGGACCAAGAGAAGAUGGGUAACGUAUAUUUCUGAUUAGUGACCCACAAGUUUCAAUUCCAAGACUUAAUCUUUCAAUUUAUAUUUUUUUUACAGCUGUUAUCGUAAUAUGAUACCAAGAGAUGAUAGCUCAUCCAUAAGAAUUUAUCUUCUUGAUAAAUUUUGUAUGAAAUAACAGAACUUUAUUCUCUGCAGUGUUAAUCUUGUAGUUGGCUAUUUGCAAAUUUUCUGAUUCUACU